GACCUUUGUGGUCUCUCUUCUGUGAAACAACUUACAAGGUAUAUUUCUCUACAUUAGUGAGGUUAACCAAAUCUUCAACCAAUCCGUUUUACUUUUAAGGAUUGUGAAAAAUCUAGGUCUGAUGACAUGUCUCUAUCACACAAUGAUAUUGGGUACGAGUUGAAAAUUAAAUGUUCACCCUCAAAUGUUUGCAAGUAUUUCAAAUGGCCGGUUGGCGUCAUGAACAUAAUUAAUACUGUAACUGGAUUCAUGACUCUAGUCUUGGCAAGCCACUGGGGUAACUUACAGUUAGGUCCAACAGGAUUUGGAAAUCUAGGGAUAUAUUUUUUUGUUUAUUCUACAUGGCACGCAUUUCUUGCACUUCUUGUUUGUUUGGCGGUUAAUAUGGUACGGCCGAACUGUGACGCAAAAGCUUGGGAUUUUGUGCUCUUAAUAAACAUGAUGUUUGCCAUCCUAUUUUUAUUAAUCGGCGCAUCUUCGUGCGUUGAUACCCUACGAGAAUGGAGACACAGACCAUUUGGCGAAUUCUCAAGCUCUUGUGAAAUGCACAAAGAGGACAUAAAAUGCGACCUGUUAACAAGUGCUGCGGUAAUGAGUUUUCUUUUGAUCAUUGGGUGUAUUAUACAAGCCAUUUUACAUUACUGUAUGAUUCGAAUCACACCAACAACAAGUUCAACAAUCACAAUAGAAGCAACAACAUUUGAUAACACGGCGGAAACCUAUCCAGAGACAUCACAAACAAAUACACAACACCAAGAACCAACAACGCAUGAAAAUGUAGAGGCAACUAAAAGCCUUCCAGAGACAACGUCAAUAACCACACAACAACAAGAACAAACAGCAAUAUAUGAAAAUGUAUAGAAAACAGAAAGCCUUCCAGAAGCAACAACAACAACAGCAGGAACUUCUGAAAAUACAGACAUUAGCGACGUUCCAGAGACUCGAGAUAAUAUUGCUACCAUUUCAUAGGCAACGAUUUAAAGACUACCUGCCCAUAUAAAUUAAUUUUAAAAUGUUCAUAAACACAUUGAAAUUGAGCAAAAGAGUAUUCGUUUAGCGAAUUCGUAUCGCAUAAACUAGCAAUUUAACCUUAAAGAUAGUGUUUUCCCCACUUUGGCCUCUUUUCAGGCAAAAAAGAGAUAUUUUGUCUUAAAUACUAAUGUUAUAUGAGUGUUUUGAGAUUAAGGCGUUGUGAAGUAGGAGGUGAGCUUUAUAAGUAAAAAAAGAAUACAUGAUACUAAAGAUUGCUUCACCUCACCUUGAUAAGAUGUGCGAAUAGUGGUCGCUUCGUAUUUUUAUGUGUGUGUGCACAUAGUUUUUAUCCUUUCUUAUUAUAAAUAUAUUUUCGGCGAUUUACGUUGCCUUUACACUAUUAAACAAUACAUGAAGGCAACGAUUCAAAUGUAGGAAACAUCAACUUGCGAUUAUGAAAUUAGUUUCCAAAUUAUUAGAAUUUAUUUUAAAAGUUUUGCGUAACUACAUUGUAUUAUAAGAAAUGAUCAAAUGGUCCGCCACACCAAUUCUAGAUGCGUUAAGUAAGAAUUGUUUCACUUGAGAACGUUUCAGUAAAUUCUUUAACAUGGGAGAAUCUCUUUAUUCUUCACAGAUAGACAAGUUGCGAAAACAGGGAUUUAAGGAACACAAAAUCAAUUGGAAAUUGGGGUGUUUUCCCUAAUAAAGAAACAGUAAGAUAUCCUGCUAUGAAAACUGUUCUUCAUGGCAAUGUUAUGAAAAAAGAAAUUUCUCCUACAAUAUAUGAAGCGCGGUUACAGUACCAUGCAAAAAAAGCAUAACAUUAAUCAUAAAAUUACAAAGAUGACUUAAACAUAGUCUGGCGCCUUUGUUUAAAAAUUCAAUUACUUAAAGCUGAUUUAAUAAAGAAAGUGCUUUCAGCAGAAUUGCUUAAUCUCCCUGUAUCUUCAUCGUUGGAAAGAAAACAAGAAGAAAUUCCAAACCGACGUGUGUCUAAAGUAACUGUAGCAUGUAUCAAAAUACCUUUUCCAGAACAGAUAACCACUGGAUGGAUAACUGAAUACAUGCACUAUCCUGAUAUCACAACCAAAUGCCUUCUGGAGUAUGCACAAAAAGUCUGGCUGUCAAAGCUUUAAAUGAGGGAGAAAAUUUAAUGAAUGCUG